AUGGCCACGGAAGAAAAUGGCGACGCCGAAAGUAGCACCAGAAGAAUCUCAGUUCGUUUCGUAACUAGGUUAUCCGACCCUUACAAAGUUCCUAACUCCGCCAUAGCCAUCCCUUCCGAUCUCACCAGAUUCGGCCUCUCCUCUCUCGUCAACGCUCUUCUCCAAUCUAUCCAUGAUGAUUACGAAUCGGAACCGUUUGAUUUUUUGAUUGAUGGCGAGUUUGUUCGUAUGUCGCUUGAGGAGUUUCUCCUUGCUAAGGGAAUCUCUGCGGAAAAAAUAUUGGAAAUUGAGUACACUAGGGUUGUAGCCCCACGAAAAGAAGAAGACCCUUCUUUACAUGAUGAUUGGGUUAGCGCUGUUGAUGGUUCUUCUUCCCGGUUUAUUUUGACAGGAUGUUAUGAUGGUUUUGGAAGGGUAUGGAAGGGUCCUGGAGUAUGUACACAUAUAUUGGAGGGACAUAGCGAUGGUGUCACUUCUGUUAGUGUUCUUAAUCCGGAAGGUGUGGAAACUGUAACUCUAGCUACUGCUUCUAAAGACCGAACAUUAAGGCUAUGGAAGAUCAAUACCGAUGAGGCUACCAACAAUCCUGUGAGGGUUAGGGCUUACAAAAUCUUGCGUGGUCACAAGUCUUCUGUUCAGAGUGUUGCAGCGCAGACUAAUGGAGAAAUGGUUUGUUCUGGUUCUUGGGAUUGCACUAUCAACCUAUGGCGAAUCAAUGACAAUAAUGCAGAAAAUGACCUAGUGUCCAAGAAGAGAAAAGUUGAAGGCCGGGUGGAGGACUCUCAAUUAGAGGGAGAAGCUUUUACAACCCUAGUUGGCCAUACACAGUGUGUGUCUUCUGUAAUUUGGCCACAAAGAGAGUCAAUUUAUUCGGCAUCUUGGGAUCAUUCUAUUAGGAAAUGGGAUGUUGAGACAGGCAAAAACUUGUCAGAUAUAUAUUGUGGUAAGGCUCUUAACUGCCUUGACAUUGGAGGGGAAGGUUCUGCACUCAUCGCUGCUGGUGGUUCUGACCCUAUCAUUAGGAUUUGGGAUCCUCGUAAGCCAGGCACUUCUGCUCCUAUUCUUCAGUUUGCUUCUCACAAAUCUUGGGUAACAGCUUGCAAAUGGCAUGAUAAGUCCCCGUUUCAUUUACUUUCUGCAUCUUAUGAUGGGAAAGUUAUGUUAUGGGAUCUGAGAACUGCGUGGUCUCUUUCAACUAUUGAAUCACACAGCGACAAGGUACUUUGUGCUGACUGGUGGAAAAGUGACACUGUUGUCAGUGGCGGAGCAGAUUCAAAACUUUGCAUUUCAUCAGAAAUUCCUGUCCAGUGA